CAUAACAAAGUUUGUUUUCUCGAGAUAACUAAUUAAUUAUUUAGUUAUAACAAAAAAAAUAAUUCGUUAUCUCGAUAUAACAAAGAUUGUUUUCUCGAGAUAACGAAAUAAUUAAUUCGUUAUAACGACAUAACAAAUAUUGUUUUAUCGAGAUAUUUUUUUUAUUUUUUUUUAUAACAAUAAUGUGUUCGUCUUGAAUUCAUACGAAUGCGCUCGCGCUGCCACCACGGACUGCUUCCUACCGACACUGGCUGCAACAAGCUCUAUCCUGUCGCCUUCAGAGCUGCUGUCACUAUCUGGUCUAAGUGUGUCCCAGGGAAAUGGCAGAUCACAUUAUUGAUCAACGCAUCAGGAUGUACUACAAUCAAGGUCUAACACAGGCAGAAAUUGCAUUGUGCCUUUCUGUUAGAGAUGGCUUUCAGAUUAGUCCUCGUCAUUUAAGGAGAAGACUAGCCCGGUUACAACUUUACAGACGACGGUUAAGCGAUGCUGCUGAGAUUGUUAACUUCAUUAGCAACCAGAUAAGAGGACCGGGUCGUCUUCAUGGUUACCGAAUGAUGCACGAGAGGUGCAGAUUGGCUGGACUGCGCGUGACUCGAGACAUGGUUCAGGAGAUUCAGUCACAUCUUGACCCAGAGGGCGUACAGCAACGGAGAGGAACAAGACUUCGGAGAAGAUGUUAUAGUGUCCCAGGGCCCAAUUAUUUAUGGCAUAUGGACUCUUAUGACAAGCUGACUCCUUUCGGCAUUGGAAUAAACGGAUGCAUUGAUGGGUUUUCGCGUCAUAUAAUCUGGAUGCAAGCAAACUCUUCCAAUAGUAACCCCAAAUUAAUUGCAGCAUACUUUAUGAAUGCAGUCACGGGACUCGGGGGGUGUCCAAAAAUAAUCCGAUCGGAUUUAGGAACUGAGAAUGUUCAUGUUAAUAGGCUGCAACACUUCUUCCGAGAAGAUGAGACUGGCGUUGUGCAUGGGCCGUGUGUGUUCCAAGGACGCAGUACAGCAAAUCAACGGAUCGAAAGCUGGUGGGGGAUCUACAGGAGACAGAACGCAAGCUAUUGGAGGGACGUCUUCCAGGAGUUCCAGGCAACUGGAGACUUUAAUGGGGAUUUCAUAGACAAGGGUCUCAUCCAAUUCUGCUUUCUUAAGAUUAUCCAAAAUGAGCUAGACACCGUUGUGACAAUGUGGGACAACCAUCGCAUUCGACCAGGUGGAAACGGACACCCUAAUUAUCAUGGAAAACCAUGUUUGAUGUACAAUGUACCUGAGCUCUAUCAUACACAAGAUUAUUUGCAUCCACUACAGUAUGAAAGAGUUGGAAUUGUUCUCCAAGAGGACAUUUGUCUGUGGAAAACAGACAUUCCCUGCGACCAUGACCUGCAUGAGCUCUGUUUGAUGGUGAUGGAAGAAAACAACAUAGCACUGUGUCAUAAUGCUACAGAGGCAAUACGACUUUACAAAGACCUGAGGCCUUUAAUAAGAGCACUCCUGCCAGAGCCUCAUCUCUGAUGUUGUUGUAGCAUACAGACAGAUGUACUGUCUAUGGUACUAAUAAUGAUGAUGAUGAUGAUGAUGAUGAUGAUGAUGAUGAUGAUGGUGGUGGCAUUUCCAGCAAUGAUGCCUCUCUAAAAAUUUACAUUUCUCAAGUAUCAUUGGCAUUUGCAUCCAUUGAUGCUGUGUGUUGAAAUGUUUUACUAAGAUAAUGUGAUUUCUGUGUAGUAGGCCAGAUUCAUAAUGGGGACCAGCAAAGGCACUUAAAGGAACACACACAGAUUUUGGGAAUUUAGCUUAUUCACCGUAUCCCCCAAAGUUAGGUAAGUCCAUACCUUUCUCAUCUCCGUGCGUGCUGUAACUCUGAAGCACACACCGCUAACCUAGCUUAGCACAAAGUCUGGAAGUGAAUGGCUCCAGCUAGCAAACUACUCCCAAUAAGUGACAAAAUAACGCGAACAUUUUCCUAUUUAUGUGUUGUGAUUUGUAUAGUCACACCGUGUACAAAUAACAAGGUGAUAUGAGACACAGCGAUCUGGGAACUAUAUUCUCUGAAGAUGAAGCACUGCUACUUGGGCGGAGUGAUUUGCACAACUCUGACCGAACUUUCUGCUCCUCACGAGAGGGCUUCUCGGGUGCUGCGAGCAAAGCACUCCGCCCAAGUAGCAGUGCUUCGCCUUUAGAGAAUAUAGUUCCCAGUAUGUAUACUGUUAAAAGAUGGCUGUGUCUCAUAUCACCUUGUUAUUUGUACACGGUGUGACUAUACAAAUCACAACACACAAAUAAGAAAAUGUUCGCGUUAUUUUGUCACUUAUUUGGAGCAGUAUGCUAGCUGAAGCCAUUCACUUCCAGACUUUGUGCUAAGCUAGUGGGGGCUGCGUCAGACAGAGUUACAGCACGCACGGAGAUGAGAAAGUUAUGUAUGGACUUAUCUAACUCGGUGAAUACGGGAUACGGUGAAUAAGCUAAAUUUCCAAAAUUGCCCCAUUCAUUCCUAUGGUACCAAAAAAAAGUUUUAUUUUGUGGCACCACACUUACUGUUAUAACUACUCAUGUAACAGUCUUUAAAUAGGGAAAACACGGAAGUGUUUGGUGGCUUCCCUGUUUGGUACCAUAGGAAUGAAUGGGUCUAGGCUAAAUGCUAACACAUUCACGACGCGCUGUACAGUGCACGCAUUGAAAUAAGAUAGAUAUGUAUUAAUUUGUCUAAGUUGAGGUAAUAAAAGGGUAGACUAUUCCUUUAAUAUUUGUUUUCUUUGUUUCCCUUUACAAGAACAAGACAGACUUGUACAUUUUGUUAAUAUUUUGAUUUGGAAUUGAAUGUGUAAUGUUUUCAAUACAUUUGAAAUAAGGAAAUAAAAUCUAUAACAUGUCUGCACUU